AGUUCUAGCUUGAGGGCACAGCGCUGGUCAUAGGAAGAUGGUGCGCAGAGGGUGCUUGACGAUGGCGUCUGGGGCUGCUCUCUUUGCAGCCGGCCAGGUCAGUCGCACAUUUGCCAUUCCCAGGGCGGAGACCACUGCCGCCCAAGCAGUCGACGUGAGGGGUGGCGGCCAUACCGCCGUUGUUGGCGCAGCCACCGGAAACGCGCUGCCGUCUCUAGGACUGUCUAGCAUGGCGGGCGUGGCCCUUGCUGCGGGCAUGUCUGCCAAACGCUGCGGGGCAAAGCGCUCCAGCCGCGUUGUCUGUGCCGCUGGCAGCGAGGGCAAGAAGCGUUGCCUGGUGAUGGGUGGCACCCGCUUCAUCGGCUGCUAUUUGGUUGCCAAGCUCAGGGAGCAGGGCCAUGACGUGGUGGUCUGCAACCGUGGCAAGACCAAUGGAGGCCAACCGGACCGCCUCCCGGGCGUCACCGACACGGAUUAUGAGAAGAUGCUGGAGGGCGUGUCUGUGUUGGUUGCCGACCGGAAGGACCCUCAGCAGCUCAAGGCGGCAGUCGCCAGCGCUGGAAAAUUUGACUUGGUCUUCGACAACAACGUGCGCAAGCUGGCAGAGGUCCAGCCGCUUGUGGAGGGCAUCCAGGCAUCCGGGGGCUGCGAGCAAUUCUUUUUGAUGAGCAGCGCAGGGGUGUACGGGCCCACGGACGUGCUGCCUUUGAGCGAGGAGAACCCUGGAGAUCCCAACUCCAGGCAUAAGGAGAAGCUGCAGUGCGAGCAGUUCUUGGAGUCGCAAGGGCUGAGUUGGACCUCCAUCCGCCCGGUGUACAUCUACGGGCCUUUGAACUAUAACCCCGUGGAGCGGUACUUCUUCGAUCGGGUCACGCGGAACCGGCCAGUAUGCAUUCCCUACGAUGGCAAGUACAUCACUCAGCUGGGCCAUUGCGAGGACUUAGCCAACUUCAUGGUCAAGUGUAUCGGCAAUCCCGCGGUGAAAGGCCAAGUCUACAACAUUUCCAGCGAGGAGUACGUGACCUUCGAUGGAAUGGCCAAGCUCUGCGCCCAAGCGGCUGGUGGCCCGGAACCCAAGAUCGUCCACUACGACCCCAAGUUGGUAGAGGUGCCCGAAGGCUUCCCCAAGGCAUUCCCGUUCCGGGGCAUGCACUUCUUUGCGUCGAUUGAGAAGGCUAAGCGGGAUGUGCCGGACUGGACGCCCAAGUUUAGCAUGCUGGAUGGCCUCCGGAGCAGCUUCCAGCAGGACUACUUGGCCCGGGGCUUUGACAAGCAGCAACCAGACUUCCGGACAGACGAGCUGAUCUUGUCGAAAGCCAUGUCCGCCGCAUGAGCUUUUUCUCCUUCGUUCUUACGGACGUAGACCCUUUCAUCCGUUUUGGCAUGCGUCAAACGAACAGUAGAACGAGCUUGCCGCCGAGUCAG